UGUUGACAAGCAACCAUAACAAAAACAUCAGAAACCUCGGUGAGGUUUACGGCCACGACAGAGCAUAUAGCUUCUCCAUUGAACCCUGCAGACUGCUCCCUGCAAGGGAUUUCUUCCUUAUAUCGACCCCACUGCCUACACUGUGAACGUUUGUCCUCAGGUCUUGACGCUCAACCCGCAUUUCCGCAGUCCCAGCUCAGCUCAGCUUAAGAUGAACGACCUUCUCAACUAUAUCCUCACCAAAGAGGACGCUUUCCGAAAAAACCGCCUGCCCUCACUUUACUCCGACUUCACGUUACAGAAGAAAACAAACCCCGACGGAUACGCCGUUAAUGUCGCUGCGUGGGAGCAUGCUUUGACAAGGGCCGCAAGGAAUGGAUACAUAUCAUCUUCGGGGGGCUCGAGUAGCAAGCGGGCGAAGGGCAAUCAUCUAGUCCUCAGGACGGAUGACUCGCUGCUACGAGAUCUGGAGAUCCCGGAAUGGGGUCGACCGGUAGCACUUGCUACUGUUGUUGAUGAAGCGAUUCGCAAACAUACCAUGGUCCCUGUGCAGUCGUACAUCAGCAAUCCGGCGAGUCUGCGAAAAAGUCAGUGGAAUAUCAUCGAUCCGGCAGCUUUAAGCCCUUGGAACGUUAUGAGCUGGGGUAUGAAACAAUUGAGGGGCAUUGUUGUAGGAUCCGACGAAUCUUCGGGCCGGUUGCAGGUUCAGGAGCUGGUCUUGGUUGAGAAUCUUCAGGAGGCUGCAAGCCGCGUGUCCAAGCAGGCCAUGGACCAUAGCUCGUCUAAAAUGGACCUAGUAUACACCAAAGAGGGUUUCAUGAGCAGAUUCUCUAGAGUUCUCAACGAAGACAGCCAAUUGUCGGAAUCUGACUUUGACAUUUUAUUGCUCUAUUUAUCCCGCGACAGCGGUGCCAUUGCAUAUGAUGGCAAGAAGACAAUCAAAUUCAGGCCCUCAGACAAUGCACCGAGAGAAAUUACCCAGCAGGAUACCAGCAUCGCUUCUAUGAGAACGCUGAUGUCAACAAUUUCACAACAAGUAGAAACUUUAGAGAAGAAAAUCAACGAGUUAAACUCCACCGCAAAAGCUGCGUUACAGAACAAAAAUCGGAUUUCGGCGCUGUCGGCAGUGCGCUCGAAGAAACUUGCAGAGCAUAACCUCCAGCAACGGCUUAAUACACUGGUGCAGCUCGAAGAGGUCUACACCAAAAUCGAACAGGCCGCGGAUCAAGUCGAAUAUAUUCAGAUGAUGGAGGCAAGCACUGGCGUUCUUCGCGGCCUGCACACUCAGAUCGGCGGUGCCACCAGGGUCGAGGAUGUGGUUGAUGAGUUGCGUGAGGAGAUGUCCAAGGUGGACGAAGUCGGAAGCAUCAUGAACGAAGCCGGUCCUGAAAUCGACGAGACUGAAAUUGACGACGAGCUGGAGGAGCUGGAGAACACACAGCGGGAAGCGAAGGAGGAAGAGGAGGCAGAAGCAACUCGCCGCAAGCUGGCCGAGCUGGACAACCUCGAACAGACCACAAAGGACGCCGCGCGCACAGCAGCAAGCGAAAAACACGUGGAUUCAGAUAUAGCUGAGAGCAUCGGAAGGCUCUCGCGGAUGUCAGUGGAGGAUGGCUCUGAUUCCCCAGGGUCAAAGGAGCAUCCGUUGUCAGCUAAAUAA